GUUUUAAAGCUCAUUUGAAGCUAAUUCGUUGGACUAACGCUUUUAUGACAUUGGGCAUUAUAACUCUCUCUUUAUAAUACAUAUUUUUUUUAAUAGAAAAAGUAAAUAAUAAACGACAUACAGCCAUCUACACAGAGAGAAAUCUUUAACUAUCUUUAAAAUAUAAACCAAACAAUUACGUAAAAUACACAACGAAUUUCAAAAAAAAAAAAAAAAAAGAAUUAAUGAAUUUCAUUCUGUGUGUUUGGAAAUGUAAGAAGAGUUCUUAUCAUAUCCGGUGUAACGGUUGUCUACCCCUGAUUCACUAGCUGGCGCUAGAUUUGUAGUCGUCCCCAUAAUGGCGGGUACGAAUCCAACUUCACAACCUCAGGCUAAUCCAUUAAUGCGAGCACCGUUUGGGAUUGGGCCUGUUCCUCCAGGCCCAGCACCACCUGGUUUUAUACCCACAAUGGUUGCAGGUGGUCCAGGACCAAGUCCAGAUAUGAUCAAACCUCCUCCAGUUAUGCCACCUGGAAUACCACCAGCUUAUACACCUGUACCACCUUUUGUUCCUCCCCGUUCUAGUUCUGGAGCUGUACCAACACGACCUGGGGUACCACCACGCCCUGGAAUACCACCUCCUGGAUUACCUAUCCCACCUCCAGGCUUUCCACCCACAACAGGUAUGUCAGGCACUCCUGUCUCUCUUCCUGGUGCUUUACCUGGAUCUGUUGGUCAGACACAAACCACCCAGCAACCAUCUUCCAUUGCAGCUUCCUCAACCACUUCUAUAGAGUGUAAACCUGCUGAAAAGAAAACUGUUUGGACUGAACACAAAGCUCCUGAUGGUAGAACAUACUAUUAUAACAGUGUAACAAAACAGUCCAGCUGGGAAAAACCAGAUGAAUUGAAAACUCCUGCUGAACUAUUGUUAAGUCAAUGUCCAUGGAAAGAAUACAAAUCUGACACAGGAAAGGUUUACUAUCACAAUUCUGCCUCCAAAGAAUCUCGCUGGACCAAACCAAAGGAAUUAGAGGAACUUGAAGCUAUGAUAGUCAAGCAAGAAUUAGAUAAGAAACCAGUUGGAGAACUUGGUGUCAGCUUGAGUCCUAAUGUCACCAGUGGUGUUCCAGUUGUAUCAUCAACAUCUCAGUCGUCGGCUUCAGUUGUUCAGGCUCCUGUUUUGGUAGGAUCUACAAGUAGUGCUACUUCUCAAGUUCAUAAUACAGGCCCUCCGUCUGCAAUUCAGCAAGCUAUUCAAGCAACAUUGGCUUCUAUUGAACUUCCUCCACAACCAUCUGUUGUCCUUCAGCAACAAGUCCAACAACAUCAACAGUCUGCGACACAGCAAGCACAGUCAGCUGUAAGUAGUUCAUCAACUGUUACAUCUGCAGGAUCUGUGACUCCUGUUCCACAGAAACAAACUCCAACUCAAGUUGUUAUCGAUGGCAAUAAGACAGACUCAUCAUCAAACAGCAGCAGCGAAGGUGAAGAUGAUGAGAAAAAUGAAAGAAAAGAAUAUAUUUUCCGGAACAAAAAAGAAGCUAUUGAAGCAUUUAAAACUCUCCUACGAGAAAGGGAUGUGCCGUCUUCUGCUACAUGGGAGCAAGCUAUGAAAAUGAUCAUUAAUGAUGCAAGAUAUGGGGCAUUAAAACACUUGAAUGAGAAGAAACAAGCUUUUAAUGAAUACAAAACUCAAAAAGCUAAAGAAGAGAAGGAAGAACAGCGACUUCGAACGAAACAAGCUAAAGAAGACCUGGAAAAUUUUCUAUUAAAUAGUGACAAAAUGAAUUCUACUGUAAAAUAUUGGAAAGCAGAUAAUAUUUUUGGUGAUUUAGAUGUCUGGAAAAAUGUCUGUGAUCGUGAUCGACGGGAACUCUUCGAAGAUGUCUUACACAUGUUGGCAAAGAGAGAAAAGGAGGAAGCCAAAGCCUUACGAAAGCGUAAUAUUAAAGUGUUUUCUGAAAUCCUUGAUAGUAUGCCAAGUCUGACAUACUGUACAACAUGGUCAGAUGCUCAACAGAUGUUACUUGACAAUCCCAGAUUUACAGAAGAUCCAGAUUUACAAAACAUGGACAAAGAGGAUGCAUUAAUUUGCUUUGAGGACCAUAUACGUAUGUUAGAACAGGAAUAUGAUGAUGAAAAGGAACGAGAAAGGCGGAGGGUCAGGCGCCAGCAAAGAAAAAAUAGGGAGAGCUUCCAGGUUCUGUUGGACGAACUGCAUGAUCAAGGAAAAUUGAAUUCAAUGUCACUGUGGAUGGAUUUGUAUCCUAUUGUCAGUCAAGACCUUCGCUUUUCAAACAUCCUUGGACAGCCAGGUUCAACACCACUUGAUUUAUUUAAAUUUUAUGUUGAGGAUCUCAAAUCUAGGUUUCAUGAUGAGAAAAAGAUUGUAAAGGAAAUUCUAAAGGACCGAGGGAUUAUUGUGGAAACGAGUACAACAUAUGAGGAUUUUUCUUCGUGUUUAAACACAGACAAACGUUCUGGCAAUCUGGACUCUGGGAAUAUCAAGUUAACUUACAAUAGUCUCAUAGAGAAAGCUGAAGCACGAGAAAAAGAACGGUUAAAAGAAGAAGCAAGAAAAAUCCGGAGGCUUGAAGGUGCUUUCAAGGCCAUGUUAAAACAAGCUAGUCCGUCAAUAGAUUCUAUGACACGUUGGGAAGAUAUACGGGUACGGUUAGAAAAAGAAAUUCCAUUUGAAGCAAUAACUCUUGAAUCUGAACGAAUUCGAUUAUACAAGGAGUACCAAGUAGCAGUAUUAGAGCAGUGUUCACAUCACCAUUCUAAGAAGAAGAAAUCCAAAAAGCACAAACUAAAGCGGUCUCGGUCAAGAUCUCGAUCGUCUGAAUCAGAUGAUGACAUUUCAUCCCGUCAUAAAUUGAAGAAAAAAAAGAAAUCUAGAUCAGCCUCUCGCUCACCAAGUUAUAUGUCUGAAUCAGAUGACCAAGAAAUGGAAAGGGCAUCGAAACGACACAAAAAGAAAUCCAAAAAGAAAAAACAUCUUUCCAGAGCUGACUGGAAUUCAUCAGACAGUGACGUCAGUGAAGGGGAGUUAGAGAAGCGACGACGGCACCUGCUGCAGCAGCUAGAAGCUGACCAAUAAUAAAACAAAGCAAAAAAGAAGUGUUCUCUUUGCCAAGAACUAUUUACUACAACCACACCACCACCACCACCACCACUAUUACUAUUUACUAUUACUACUACUAUUCUACUACUAUUCUACUACUACAACUUCUAUGUUCAUCACAUCACAUACAUAAAUAAUAACCAGUCUG